AUGAGUGGUUUAUUCGGCCUCCUAUUUACCAGGCUGACUCUCCCAGCUCCCUCGGUAAUCCAGGGGAAGACGAUCCUCAUCACCGGUGCAAACACUGGCCUCGGUCGGGAAGCUGCCAGACAUGCGCUCGCCCUGGGCGCCGGCACGGUCAUUUUGGGCGUUCGAACCCUGAGCAAGGGUGAAGAUGCCAAAGCCAACAUCGAAGCAAGCACCGGCUGCACCGACAAGGGAAAGGUCCUUGUAUGGCCGAUCGAUCUCGAAUCAUUUGCUAGCGUCCAAGGCUUCGCAGCUCGAGUUCGCAAACACGUCAUGGAGGGCGGCCGACUGGACAUGGCUAUCAUGAAUGCUGGAAUUGCGUCGGUCGCGUACGCUGUUACCCACGAUGGUUGGGAGAGAGGGAUCCAGGUCAAUGUUUUAUCGACCGCACUCCUCAGUCUGGAGCUUUUGCCGCUACUACUGCAAACAAAAGAGCGAGAUCCAUCAGCACAACCGCAUCUGACCCUUCUUACGAGCGAUAUCCACAAGUCAAUCAAAUUUCCCGAGCGGAAUGAGCAGCACAUUCUUUCCACCUUGAAUGACGAGAAGCAGUGGAAGAAAUCCCAGGCUGCAGGCGGAGCUACCGAGCGCUACGGUGUCACCAAGCUCAUGGAUCUGUUCAUUACCAUCGAAAUAGCUCGACUUGUGCCUCGCGACGAGUCCGGAAACCCCCUUGUGAUUGUCAAUGCCGUGGCGCCGGGAUUCUGCAAAUCGGAUCUCCUGACUAGGGAGAAGGCCCCGUGGAUCCUGAAGCUGAUCCAAGCUCUAAUUGCUAGGACGGUGGAAGAGGGCAGCAAAACAUUGCUGCAUGCAGCAAGCCAGGGAGUGGAGACGCAUGGGAAGUGGUUGGAGAAUCAGGUUAUCACAGACCCUGGCAAUAUCGUCACAAGCCCCGAGGCGGCGGUCGUGAGAAAGAAGGUGUGGGCAGAGAUCAUUGCAGUCUUGCAUGAUGUUGAUCCUGAGGUCCGAACAGAGUACUAA